CAAUUGACAUUUAUUUCUUGGAGUUUGGUGGGUGGCGCUAGUACUUCCCUUUUUGUUUCAUUGUAGAAUUUAGAAAUGAUUAUAAUUUAAUUUAAUGAAACAAGUGAUCUAGAAUCUUAGUGUGAACCCUAUACUUUAUUACUUAAUCUUCUUACCAUAGCGCUCAAUAAGAAUGCCCAAUGACAAAGAUGGACCUUUGCCCGAAGGAUGGGAGAUGAGGAAAAGCCGAUCAACAGGUAUGGCUUAUUUUCUCAACACUUAUACAAAGAAGUCCCAGUGGGAACGGCCUGAUGCCCCUGCCGACCCAGGUGAAGUCAGAUGCAGCCACAUUCUUGUUAAACAUGCGGGUAGCCGUCGCCCCUCCUCGUGGCGUGAAGAAAACAUCACUCGUAGUAAAGAAGAGGCUCUGGAAAUCCUAAAGGGAUAUAGGAAGCAAAUUGUUGCAGAAGAAGCAACAUUUGUUGAUAUUGCUUCAAAGUAUUCUGAUUGUUCUUCAGCUAAGCGUGGUGGUGAUCUUGGUCUGUUUGGUCGAGGACAGAUGCAGAAGCCAUUUGAAGAAGAGGCUUACAAGCUAAAAAUUGGUCAGCUCAGCAAGCCUGUUGAAACUGACUCUGGAGUUCAUAUCAUUCUCCGAACUGCUUAGUUUGUCUUAAAAUUAUCUUGUAAUUUUGUAAUGUUAAGAAUGACAUUUUAAAAUAAAGUUAUGUAUAAAACUAUUAUUGCAUUAUAGCUUUAUACAUGUAAUAUUAUAAAGUAGUUAUGAAAUAUAUUUUGUAAGGUUAAUAAUCAGCCUGCUCAGAACUCUAUAUAUAAGCCGCAAAUAUAAUUAAAUUUUUUUAGUUUUCAUUAUUUUCAAGAAACAUGUCUUAAGUGUUUUAUAUGGGUUUGAGUGACUAUAAUAUUUUAAAACUUGUACUAGAGGAAAAUAACAUGUAUUCCAGCCCAACCUUUUGUAUUCACGUGAAUAUAGAAAUAGUAUAGGAUCACAAAAUGUGUGCAACAAAAGUUGUAUCUUAGGAUAUAGGAGGUUCUUAAUGUAUGUGUAUGUAUGCAUAGUUAGGAAUCACUUUAAUGUUAUAUUUUAAGUUAAAUGUUGCUACAUUAGUUAAGUUCUUUGAAUAUUAUAAGUUUCAGAAAGGAUAUGGCUACAUUUAUAACAUUUUAAAACAAUUAAUUUGGUAGUUUCAUUAAACACCGUCUAAUAUCUAGGUAUUCAAUAUUAUCUAAAUAUUGAAUCCUAAGCAUGUAAAAAGAUUAAUUGAAAGUAGCCAAAGUUUUUCUACUGUUUUUGUAAAUGUAAGCUGGUUUUUGACUUUUCAAGGAAAUGCUUGAAAAUUUAAUGUUGUACUUUAAUUACAGUUGGCACCAUUACUCUAUUAGAAAUAUUAGUCUAAAAUAUUGGCUUACAUCAUAUUCGUAACUAAAACUGAAUAUCUUAAAGUCAUAUUGUAAUGUUUAAAAUUGUAUACACUAUUGAAUUUCAUACUGUAACUGAGUAGUGGCGCCAUCUGUUUUGUGAUUCGAUAAAAUAAUAAUUUUAAGAUGUUAAGUGUAUUGAUUUAAUAAAUUUCAUGUAGAGGAA